UUCCUUCAGGAGCCAUCGUGCUUGAAAUUUCAAACUGUCUGGUCUCGGGACCAAUUAGUCCUCCAUCUAUCAAUAAUCAUUAUAUAAACCCUUUGUUCAUCAUCAUUUGCACAUCCUAAGCAAAGAAAAAUAUCGGUUUCGUUGGUCUUCCAUUAAUUCUGAGGCCCGUCAUGGAGGUGUCAUCACUAAGACGACAUGUCGCAACGAAGAAAACUAUGUCAAGAAAAGCCACAAGGGUAUGGAGGUUGAAGCUCAGUGUCACCUGGAAAGCUAUCAAGAGGGCAUUUACAAGCAAGUUCCGGCUCCGGUUAAGCUGUGUACGGAGCAUGAAACCACUUCCCACAGCCAAAAUACAUCAAGAAACCAAAACGAAGAAAAAUGGCUGCCGUCCCCGUAGAACACUAGAGCACCUCCUCAAUGUGCCUUACACAGCAUUGGAUUUCAUCGACCGAGGAGAUUGCAUGACUCCAACGUUGUCUCCCAAGGAGAAUCUAUCCACAAGGUGGCGUGAAAUCCAUGGUUCUAACAACUGGGGAAACCUUCUUGAUCCUCUCCACCCAUGGCUUCGUCGAGAAAUUGUCAAGUAUGGAGAACUCGUUGAAGCAACUUACGAUGCCUUCGACUUCGAUCCUCUCUCUGAGUAUUGUGGGAGUUGCAGAUACAACCGGCACAAGUUUUUCCAAGAACUGGGCCUUAUCAAGCAUGGUUACGAGGUGACUAAGUACCUUUACGCUAUGUCCCACGUAGACGUGCCUGAAUGGUUCGCAGGGUCGAAUAGUGUAUGGAGUAAAGAUUCCAACUGGAUGGGAUACGUUGCUGUGAGCAACGAAGAGGAAUCGAGAAGAAUUGGCCGGCGAGACAUAGUCGUGGCAUGGCGGGGCACGGUGGCUCCCACAGAGUGGUUUACUGACCUCAAGGCAAAGCUGGAGGAAUUUGAUGAUGAAAAGGAUAAUAUUAAGGUUCAAUGUGGAUUCCUCAGCAUAUACAAAUCUAAAGAUGAGUUGACAAGAUACAACAAGUCUAGUGCUUCUGAGCAAGUUAUGGAAGAACUGAAAAAGCUCGUAAAUUUUUACAGAGAAAAUGGCGAAGAAGUCAGCUUGACACUCACAGGACAUAGUUUAGGAGGUGCAUUAGCCCUUCUCAACGCUUACGAGGCUGCAAUCUCCAUUCCCAAUCUUUUCAUCAGUGUCAUUUCUUUUGGUGCACCGAGAGUUGGGAACUUGGCCUUCAAGGAGAAGCUCAAUGAACUAGGAGUUAAAACACUUCGGAUCGUUGUCAAGCAAGAUAUAGUCCCAAAAGUUCCAGGGAUCAUCGUCAACAAAAUUAUCAACAAAAUCAACUCACUCACUCAAAGAUUGAACUGGGUUUAUAGGCAUGUGGGAACCCAGUUGAAGCUUGAUGUGUUCAUGUCGCCAUACUUGAAGCACGAAUCUGACUGGUCAGGAUGUCAUAAUUUGGAGGUUUAUCUCCAUCUCUUGGAUGGAUUCUUGGGCAAGAAAUUGAAGUAUCGAUGGAAUGCUAGGAGGGAUUUGGCAUUGGUGAACAAGUCUAGUGAUAUGUUAAUAGAAGAAUUGAAGAUUCCCGAGUUCUGGUUCCAGUUGCCUCACAAGGGACUCGUAUUGAACAAACAUGGCAGAUGGGUUAAGCCGAGUAGAGAACCUGAAGAUAUUCCUUCUCCAUUUAGUGGUGAAAUAUCAAAGCAUGAUCCUACAUUUUAGAUUUAUGUUUCCUGUAGGAUCAAGACGUUCUUUUUCUCUCUUAUUUAUUUUGAUGGUGAUUUGUUUUUUUCCAAGAAAAUUUGCCACAAAUUUGAUUUAUUGUUUACAUUUGAUCAAUUUGAUCUGAGAAUAUCUUUUGCAAAUCCAAAAUUUAUUUUGUA